AUGGAAAAUAUGUCGCAAGUACCACUGAAGCAGCCCAUUGUGUUCAGGUUGGAAGGUUUUGACAUAACCAGGGAGCAGGGGUACCCCCUGUUUGUGGUCACGUUUAUCGUGUACGCCGUGAUGCUGCUGGGAAACCUCACCGUGGUUACGGUGAUUGCCACUGACGCCAAGCUCCACAAGCCCAUGUACAUGAUGAUGUGCAACCUGGUAGCGUGCGACCUGCUCGGGGGCACAGUAGCCAUGACCCAGCUGAUGUCCAACUUCCUGACAGGGGACAAGUCCAUCGGCUACGUGGCUGCAAUAGUCCAGGCCUUCUGUUUGCACACCUACGGCUUGGCCGUCCCCACCAUUCUGGCAGCCAUGGCGUACGACCGCUAUGUGGCCAUCUGCCAACCGCUGCACUACCACUCCAUCAUGACCACAAGGAGGCUGGUUUUACUCUGUUUUCUGGCCUGGUUCAUUGCAGUUGUCCUAAUUUUGAUCCUCCUCAUUCUGAACGUGGGAACGCCGCUGUGUGGGACGUUAAUCAAGCACGUUUACUCCAGCGACCAAUCCAUUCUGAGGCUGGCGUGCUUCCCCACCCCCAUCAAUAUCAUCUACGGUCUGUGUGCAAAUUGGACCUUGAGAUCAUGCACCUUUUUAAUCAUGGCCUUUUCCUAUGCGAAGAUCCUCAAAGCAUGUGUCGUCAAGCAGGAGAAAAACAGUCGGAACAAGGCCAUACAGACGUGCACCUCCCAUCUCACCAUUUAUAUCCUCUUUGAGAUCGCCGUGUUAAACAUUAUCUUGACGUACAGGUUACAAGGGGUCAGCCCCAACAUCAAGAAGUUCUGUGCCAUUAUUUUUGUCAUCGUGCCCCCCACGGUCAACCCAAUCAUCUAUGGCAUGGCCAUGAAAGAUAUUCGCACAAAUAUUGUGAAGUUUUUCAAAUCCACUGUCUUGCCAAAAUAG